AUGAGGGAAGUAGAUGCAGAUUCUUCCGAGGAAGAAUGGGUCAUCUCUUCAACCGAAACACCUACACUUAAAAAGCGAUCUAUGCAAAAACCGACCAAGACACCAACUGUUCCACCCGUUCAUCGUCCUCAAAGGCAGACACCCCAAAAGUCUCAUCGAAUCAUUCCAAUCGAACGUAGACACACACCAUUGGACCUUAAGACCUCAUGUUUCGAUUAUAUCAAGGAUGACGAACUCCACGAGAUGUGCAUGACAAUGGACAGCAAACAGCUCGUGACCCGGCUUAUCAGUGUGUACAAGAACUCUGAGACAUAUGUCAACAUUAGAAAUAUUGAGACACCUGUGUUUGCUUUUGACUUUCGAUUGAGUGAUCAUCUGCACGAAUGUUCUGAUCCUUGCUCAUUCAUUCAGCAUUGUUUUUUUUUCUGUAAACGAUUAAUAACCGUGGUCACCUAUCAGGACGUUUUAUUUCAAUUGGCUGCGCAUUUUGACGAAAACGCGGGUGACAAGGACAUGACUUCAAAGUUCCGACGUCAGCUUGCCCAUGCCACAUGCAGUGGUCUCGAGCGAUUUCUUGACACCCCACCUACAAAACGGAAGGAAAUUAGAGAAGAAAAGGACGAAAAGGAUGAAAAGGACGAAAAGGAUGAAAAGGACGAAAAUGACAUUGAUCUGAUUUCAUUUGUGGACGACGCAGAUAAGAUAAAAAAGGAGGAACCCAAUCUAAUAUCUUUUGACGAUGAUGAAAGUGAUACUGAGGAUGAAAAAGACAGGGCUAAUGCCGAUGCUGAUGACGAAGAAGAAGAGGAUGAAGGGCCAGUAAAAACUAUUACACUUGCACAGCUACUCGAUGUUCCUCCAGAAAUCGCUAGUCGAUAUACAUUGACACGAGAACAUCAAAUAAGAUGUAUUCGUAUGAUUGAUACUAUUCGUGCACCAAUAAUGGUGUACUAUGCCAUCGACAUUUUCCGUUUGGUACAGUUUCUAUCCAAAGGAGGAGAGUUUGAAGAAUAUGGAUCAAAGCUGUGUCGAUUGCUAAUGAUCCAUGCUCACUACAAUGAGGCGGUUGCGUGUAUUCGAAAACUCGACUUAUUUGACGCUUUUCCUAUCGAGACUCUUGCAGACCACUUUUUUACUAUUGGUCAAGGGCUUGCUCUACCAGCCUAUGUUAAAGGCAAUGAGGUACUCCAAAGGAAACUUCUUCACAUAAUUGAUGUUCAACUUCGGUACAAUUUUGCUGGAUCUUUGGGGGUUGUACCUAAAGAGCUUUUGGAAACUGUUGAAGAAGACACAAAAUUAUUGCCACCCAUGGCAAGGCUCAAGGAAAGACGUUUCCAAAAAGAUCUCAUGACAUGCGGGACCAAGAUUGUACAUGAGCUGCAGUUGCCUGAUCAUGAAUACCACUUUAUCUGGUUAUCUCAGCGAUAUGCAUGCCUUCGAUGGAUUAUAACGCAAAGGGCACUUCAACAGACAGAAGAGGGUGAUUACUCUAUUUCUGCAAGCUCGAACUACAAUGGAUUGCUUUUAUUGGUUGUACAAGACAAUCCAGCCUUAGCAAAAUUGGUGAUCAAGGAGUUGGUGGACAUUGGCGAUGCUCUUGCGCCUGCCUAUUUUGCAUCCUUGUUUGGACAGGAACAGUUUUUCUGUGCCUACAGUGGACUACCAUUGGUCGAUCGUGUUGUGGGUAGAGUAAAGGGUGAGCAAAUAUCGAGACACCGUAGCUCGCUUGCGCCCAAGAAGCCACGUAUAGGAUCGCCGCAUCCUACAGAGUAUUAUAAGUUACCACCUAAUUCUGAGUGUGUAGUGGUGGAUAAUGAAGAAAAGUUAAAAAGAAUGGGAAAACUAAUAGAAGGUACUAAACUGUGUGGUCUUGAUACCGAAUGGGUCCCACAGUUUGCCAAGACAGGUCCUUCUCGCACAGCAUUGAUGCAGAUUGCAUUGGACAAUAAUAUUGUCUUUCUCCUCGAUCUCAAAGUCAUGUUCCAGCCUUCCAAUGCCCAUCUUUUGGAUCUUACAGAAAAAAUACUGGGAGACAUGUUUAGCAACAGUAAAAUCAUCAAGCUUGGUACUGACGGUGAUAUUAACCGUUCAAUCCACCUAGCUUAUGAUUUUGGGGGUGAUAUGAUACUGUUGAGAGAGUCGAUACCAGCUGCGAAUUCGUGGGUGGUCCAUAGCAUGCUUGAUUUUAAGAAUAUUCGUCUUUCUUAUGACAGCCAAACCGGAGGAAAUAUCCCCGGCGGCCUUGCGGGUGUUGUAUCAAUGUUCCUGGGUGUGGGUAUGAACAAGAAGCAACAACUGAGCAACUGGGAACUUCGACCCCUGACUGAGGAGCAGCUCAUUUAUGCUGCGGGCGAUUCAUUCUGCCUCAUUGACAUUUAUCGUAUCUUGGAACAGCGUAAGCACCCAUUCCUUUCAACUCUUAACAAAGGAAGCGGAUCAGAAGCUCGAGCUCCCUCCCCCAGCACUCUUAAUAUCGAAGUGCCAGUAACCCCUCAAUCAGAACAACCGUUUAUAACUCUUUAA